GCCUUUGGCUAUGAGAUUGAGGAGGCUCUUCAGCUACAGCAGCAGCUGCUCACUGGCUUUUCCGAUCCUGAUUUCCAGGAGAAUCUGAAGAAACUGCAAGCACAGUAUCCGGAGCGCAAGACGAAGGGCCACUACGACAGCGCUGCUUACUUCGAGGCCUUCAAUACUCUUGCGCAUUCCGUUUAUGCCAAGGUUCUCCCAGAUUGGAAGCUAGCACCAAACUGGGACGGUGUGAGGGAGAUGAUCAACAAGAUGUCUGACGCAUUGUUGCAUCCGAAGGUCAGAAAGGUCCAGGAAGAGAUCAACAUGAUGAUGGGACUGCCACGCAACGCCCAGUUCGUGCCGCCCUCCAAGGCAUCAGAACUCUUCUUCUACAGACCUGACGGAGAUGCGCCGGUCCAAAGCUGCUCUUUUCCUUUGUUCCAGGAUGAGGAUGGUGAUGAGGCGCACGAGUUCCUGAUAGAAGACGAGGAGACAGGCGAGCUGAAGUUACAAGGAACCUCCAGUCUGAAGCAGGAGAUGUGGUACGUCGUUGUCCACAAGCCUGCAGUCAUGAUUCGGGAGCAGCCGGAUGAGAAGGCCAAGAUGGUUGGCCGCAAAAAGGCCGGUAAGAGGCUGAAGGUGCAGCACGUCAAGGACGGUAAGUGGCUGCAGCUGCACCAUUCCGAGCUCGUGAAGCUCGGCGUGCAGGAGGCCUGGGUUCUCAUGGACCCGGUUGAAGCAGGGCUGCCUUCCGGCCAACCUCUGUUAGAGAAAGUGGCAGCGUGA